CUCUGCUUUGCAUUGGCAAUGAAAAGUUAAGGAUUAACAGAGAAAAUAUCCUGUUUGUGUCCUGAUUAAAGACAUGAAGGGUUUCUUUAAAAUGAAGAGUGAGACAAGGAAACAAUCAGACAAGAAUGGGAGCUUAUUACUGGAAGAGCUGAUCGCAUCGUCGGAUGGUAAAUACAAUCCAAUCCGAAUGUUUUCGUCUGAUCAAAUUCUUAAAGCAACAAACAAUUUCGACGCAGAUCAUAUCAUAGCAAAAGAUAGAUUCAUAUGGUACAAGGGUACUAUCGAAGAACGGAGAGUGCUUGUCAAGAAAUGGGAAGGAGAUCAUGUCCUUUCCCCUGACAAUGUUUACCGCGAUAUCUCGAUUUUAUCUAUGAUGAGCAGCCACAAAAACGUUUUGAAGCUCUUGGGUUGCUGUGUAGAGUUUCAUAAUCCGGUAAUGGUGUGUGAGUAUGCAGAGAAAGGACCUUUACAAGUCGUGGACAAGGAAGGUUUUCCAUUACCUUGGAGUACACGGUUGAAGAUCGAGAAGGAUAUUGCGAGUGCCAUAACUUUUCUUCACACCGCGUUUCCUCAGGUCAUAAUUAAUAGGGAAAUUAACCCUCGAAACAUAUUCUUAGACGAGAAUGGGACCGCAAAGCUUUCCUCGUUCUGUUUGUGCAUAUCGAUCCCGAAAGGAGAAUCAUGCGUUUUUGAUGAUGAAGCAGAAGUUUAUGGGAUAUCCGUUGACCCUGAUUACUAUGGAACAGGUCUAGUGUCGGAAAAGUUUGAUGUCUAUAGCUUUGGAGUUACAAUGCUAUUUCUUUUGGCUGGAGAACUUGGAGUCCAAUGGUUAGCUGCUAUGAUUGGGGAGUUUGGAUUCCCAUUUCCUGUCUCGGUUGGAAAAUUAUCGGAACAUUUCAUCGACCUGAUAGACCAGACCAUCUGGAACAGUGAUAUUAAGGGUUUGGAUGUGCAAGUGAAAGCAUUUUUUGCACUUGCGUUAAGAUGCGUUAGGUUCUGGCCUGGAAAAGACUUUCUUACGAUGAUCGAUGUGGCCAGAGAGCUCAAGUUAAUCGAAGGAAUUGUCACCGCUUCGUCUAAAUGCCUUUCUUUUAUUGAAUGGUCUUUCUCUGUUUUCAGAUUUUCUUUACAUUUCGGUUUGAGAAUGUAA